AUGGAAAGAUCAAAGAGAUACAUGAAUAUUGUAAAAAUGAUUGAACGGAAUAGAUAUGAAAAAUAUAGACUAAAACAAAUAACUGAUAAUAUAUAUAAGGGUAAAAUUAUUAAUAUAAAUAAUAUGAAAAAUAUACCAACAGAUAUAAGAAAAAAUUUAAAAAGUAUUUUUAGUGAAAAUAUAUUAAGUAUAAAACCAAUAAAAGAAGAUAAAUAUGAUAGAGCAUAUAAAAUAUUAUUUGAAUGUAAAGAUAAAGAAAAAAUUGAAGCAACCGCAUUAGAUUUUGGCUCUCAUACAUCUUUAUGUAUAUCAAGCCAAAUAGGUUGUUCAUUUGCUUGUAAAUUUUGUGCAACUGGACAAAUAGGAAUAAAACGCCAAUUAGAGUUAGAUGAAAUAACAGAUCAGCUAUUAUAUUUUCAAUCAAAAAAUGUUAAUAUUAAAAAUGUCUCAUUUAUGGGAAUGGGGGAACCACUAGCUAAUCCUAAUGUUUUUGAAGCAAUACGAUUUUUUAACAACUCUAAUUUUUUUUCUUUAUCUAGUAGACGAAUUAAUAUAUCUACAGUUGGACUUUUACCAGGGAUUAAAAAAUUAAAUGAAUUAUUCCCUCAAGUAAAUUUAUCUUUUUCUUUACAUUCCCCAUUUACUGAAGAAAGAAAUCAACUAGUACCCAUUAAUAAGUUAUUUCCAUUUCAUGAAGUUUUAGAUUUAUUAGAUGACAGAAUAGCAAAAACAAGUAGACGUGUAUGGAUAAGUUAUAUUCUUAUUAAGGAUGUAAACGAUUCUAUAGAUCAUGCUGAGGCUUUAUGUGAGCAUAUACUUAAAAGGCCUCCUUCUGUUAGAUAUUUAUACAAUGUCUGCUUAAUACCCUAUAACAAAGCCAAGAAUGUGUGUGAUGAAUUCCAGAGACUUGAUGAAGAAGAGAAAAUUCAUCAAUUCGAAAAAAUAUUGAGGAAGCAUAGAAUAUCUUUUUUCUAUAGAAAUUCUUUUGGAUAUGCAAUUGACGCAGCAUGUGGCCAACUAUUUGCAGACUAUGAGCCUAAAAAGACAAAGAAAAUUGAAAACCCCAAAAUGGCAUUAAUAGGAUAG